AAAACAUAUCCAACUCGAGCCUCCAGCGUGAUGCGAUGCAAAAAUCCUUGUUCUGCAGACCCACAGCACGAGAUUAACGGACACGAAGGAUAUGUCUAGGACAACGCUCUUCUCAUAGAUGGAAACUAGGCAGGGAUUGCAAGGCAAUAGUCUUCUCGUUGCAGUGCAGCAUGUCGGAGGCCCGCAAAAAAAGUUGUAUAAACGUGACAUGGACAAAAGAAGAUUUCAGAAGCGCCUAUUUCCCAGUGCUACCUGUGGAGCUAUCUCCGGUUCUGUGAACGCCGUACCUUACAUGGGCACUGGGUAACCUAUAUCCUGGAUAUCUUGUAGGGCUCUCCUCUGG